AUGAGUUUGAGUCAAGAUGAGAAGAAGGGAAGAAAUGAACGAUGUGGGAUUUGCUACGAAAUAAUGUCCAAUGCCGGUCCGAAACAAGUUGUCUGUCUCCAAUGUGGCCAUUUGUUUUGCCAUCGCUGUAUAACAAUAGCCCUCAGCAAAAGCAAACAAUGCCCGAUCUGCAAGUUACCUGCAAAAAAAUCGCAUAUUCGAAGACUUUUCUUUUCAAAUUUGUAUAUUAAAGACGAGCAGGAAGUAGCCACUCUUCGAUUAAAGCUAAUGACCGAAACGAAUCAACGAAAAAGAGUUAGUCUGAUAUAA